AUGGCCGUGCCCCACUGCAGCAUCUCGUGCUCGGUCCAGAUGCAUCAGGAGAGGGGCCAGAGCACAUUCACACCCAAAAUUACCUCCACGUCCUGCUCCCUCGCCCCUCAGGAGGCAGAGGCUCUACCCGUCACAGGGGAGGGCGCAGAUGGCACAGCAGAUGUGUGUCCGGAGCAGUGCUGUUCAGGGGCCACAGACUGUUCCAUCGUCCUGAGCAGUGUCCUGCUGGUCCACAGCUGGCCGCCCCGCCUCUCCCAGCUGCUCGGGGGGUGCACUGGACCCACUCUUGGCUCCGGAGCCUUUGGGUGCUCCCCCACCAGCUGCGCUCCCACCACACACCCACUGGGGUCGCACAAAGUCACUCCUUCUAUGGCUGUCUGCUGGCUGGGGGCCUCUGGGCAAUGA